AGUCUUUGUUUCCAGGACCAUCUAUUUAGUUUAAAAAUUUGAGACACUCAACACUUCUCCAUCGCAGAAUAGAAUCUCAUUGCUCGGCAAGAUGUCGCUUCUCCUCGCUCCUUACAACCAUGCUAUGCGACUGGGCCAAGGGUUCAAUUCCUAUACACAGCAAAUUUGCAUCGACGAUGCUGUCGUUAUCGGCGAGCAGAGGCCUGAGAACGUCGUCACUAAUGAUGGCACAACCAUGCGGAUCAUGGCUCAGAAGAAUGCAUUGCCGAGUGCCUGGACGAGACAAAAGGAAGUCAUUGUCGGAAAGCCGGCCACCGCAAUUCUUGUCGCCAACGCCAAGAAGGCAAAAGACGAAGUUAAGAUCAUCGAAGAAGAACUUGCUGAUGAAGCUGCUGCGGCAGAAAUACUGAACGAGAAGCCGGACGUAGAAGACAAGAAGUCAUCGGUCGAGCCAGAGGAGCAAGCGAGACCUGAAGACCAGCCCGAACUUGCCAAAGAGGCCAACAGUGCCAACUCUGACGAGCCCAAACCAGCAAAAGCCAAGAAAGAGAAAGUCGAUGCCGGGAGACUCAAGGAGAAGGUGGUGAAAGAAGACACACUCUCAGAUGAAUCGGCUUCUGCCGACUUACAGUACUAGGUCAAAAGUUUUGCAACGCCAAGCUGCCGAAGCGCCGAACCACCAUUUUGGGCAAUGCUGUUUUGGGUGGAUAACUCACCCAAAACAACAUUUUUUUCAAUGUUUCAAAGCAGGAUUUCAUUGUCGAUAGCUAGUACCUUGUAUGCCACCCUUUGGCUUUGAUACAAGCUUUAAGGCAGCGUGGCAUAGACAAUAUAAGGGACUUGAUCAGAGCGCUGGGGAUACUCCGCCAGCACAAUUUCAGCGCGUUACAGA